UGUUCAGCAGUUCAGCAGCACUGAAAAUUGUUUGGCUUCUUCCUCUCGAAAUGGCUGCUGUGUUGGAUGAAGUCGGCAAGUCCGCCGAGAAACUGGUGAACGAGGAAAAGAACGAGAUCGUAGACGAGGAGGAUGAACCUAGCGCGGUAAAAGCAUCGAAGAAGAAAAAGAAGAAGAAGAAGAAGCAGCAAGCAGGAGCUGGCGAGGCUAGUGCUGAUGUCCCCGAAGGAGAGGAUGAGAAGGCCGAGAAUGGUGAUAACGCCGCAAGUGAGGAGCCAACAGAAAAUGAUGCAGAGACAGAGGAAACUAAGAAGAAAAAGAAGAAACGUAACAAACGUGGCAAAGGAUUGAAACAGCAAACAGAUCCUCCGACCAUACCCGUUGCGGAAUUAUUCCCGGAUGGAAACUUUCCGGUCGGGCAAAUAAUGGAUCAUCCACCUGCAACUGGGAUAGAUGAUAGAACAGCUAAGGAACGAUUCACAAGCGCAGAAGCUCGUGCUCUCGAUAGAAUGCAGAAUGAUAUGUACAACGAGGCAAGACAGGCUGCCGAAGCUCAUCGACAAACGAGAAAACAUAUUAUGAAAUGGGUAAAACCUGGAAUGACUAUGAUAGAGAUUUGCAACGAGCUCGAAAACACGUCUAGGAAACUGAUAGGCGAGGACGGAUUGAAAGCCGGGUUGGCGUUCCCAACUGGUUGUUCAAGAAAUCAUUGCGCGGCGCAUUACACUCCUAACGCCGGGGAUCCGACUGUUUUGGAGUACGACGAUGUUACCAAGAUCGAUUUCGGCACGCACAUCAACGGGCGUAUCAUCGAUUGCGCGUUCACAUUGGCGUUCAAUCCAAAGUACGACAAGCUGAUCGAAGCUGUUCGCGACGCUACGAACACGGGAAUCAAAGCUGCUGGUAUUGAUGUUCAACUCUGUGAUGUUGGAGCCGCCAUUCAAGAAGUCAUGGAAUCGUACGAAGUUGAAUUGGAUGGCAAGACUUAUCAAGUUAAAUCAAUAAGAAAUCUGAAUGGUCAUUCGAUCGCUCCUUACCGCAUCCACGCUGGGAAGACCGUGCCGAUCGUCAAAGGUGGCGAAGCUACUAGAAUGGAGGAGAACGAGUUCUACGCUAUUGAAACUUUUGGAUCCACCGGAAGGGGAAUUGUACAUGACGAUUUAGAUUGCUCUCAUUACAUGAAGAGCUUCGAUGCCGGAUUCGUUCCGCUAAGAUUGCAGAGCAGCAAGGCUCUGCUGAACGUUAUCAACAAGCAUUUCGGUACUUUGGCUUUCUGUAAACGAUGGUUGGACCGCAUUGGGUGUACCAAGUAUCAAAUGGCUCUGAAGAAUCUGUGCGACAAUGGUGCGGUGGAAGCUUACCCGCCUUUGGUCGACAUCAAGGGAUGUUACACUGCUCAGUUCGAGCACACCCUUGUUCUACGUCCGACAUGUAAAGAAGUUAUUUCUCGCGGGGACGACUAUUAAAAAACGUUGGAUCGCGUUGCACACAGACAUACAUAUACACGUAUUCAAAUACAAAUUAGUGCAAAUGCACUGUGUACCCUUCACCUGGGAAUGUACAAGUCGAUGUGUAAGCUCACGUUGAUGAUAAAUGUUAAUUCAUAAUUAACACAAAAUUUAAUUACA